CGGGGCAGUGGGCUGGGAGUUUGGCUGCAGCCGCGGGAGGUCUGGACACUGACGGCCUUGGGACUCGCCGGUCCUAGAUGACACAUACCUUUACUGGGUUGCCCUAAGGAGUAAUGCCUAAACCAUCUCAGCAUGGCCUGUAGAGGAAGAGGUGGGCAUGGCCACCCUACCUCAGCUGCACUCUCUCACGUUAGCCCUAGAUGUCUUCCCGCAUAUACACACCAUACGCAUAAUAUAUGCAUGGUGUCAGACUUUUUCUACCCAAAUAUGGGAGGCGUGGAAAGCCACAUUUACCAGCUCUCUCAGUGCCUGAUUGAAAGAGGGCACAAGGUCAUAAUUGUCACCCAUGCUUAUGGAAAUCGAAAAGGCAUCCGUUACCUCACUAAUGGCCUCAAAGUCUAUUACUUGCCUCUGAAAGUCAUGUACAACCAAUCUACAGCCACGACCCUCUUUCACAGUCUACCAUUGCUCAGGUACAUAUUUGUUCGGGAGAGAGUUACGAUAAUCCACUCACAUAGUUCUUUCUCUGCCAUGGCCCAUGAUGCCCUCUUCCACGCCAAGACAAUGGGGCUCCAGACAGUCUUCACGGACCAUUCCCUUUUUGGAUUUGCUGAUGUCAGCUCGGUGCUUACGAACAAGCUUCUAACUGUGUCUCUUUGUGACACAAACCACAUAAUCUGUGUCUCUUAUACUAGUAAGGAAAACACUGUGCUAAGAGCAGCACUGAAUCCUGAAAUAGUGUCCGUCAUUCCUAAUGCUGUAGAUCCUACUGACUUCACUCCAGACCCGUUUAGAAGGCAUGAUAGCGUAAUAACUGUUGUUGUUGUCAGCAGACUUGUUUACAGAAAAGGAACCGAUUUGCUUAGUGGUAUAAUACCUGAACUCUGUCAGAAACAUGCAGAUUUAAAUUUCAUAAUUGGAGGAGAGGGACCAAAGAGAAUCAUUUUGGAAGAAGUACGGGAAAGAUACCAGCUUCAUGACAGAGUGCGUCUCUUGGGAGCCUUAGAACACAAGGACGUUAGAAAUGUGUUAGUUCAAGGACAUAUUUUCCUUAAUACUUCCCUUACUGAAGCAUUCUGCAUGGCAAUUGUGGAAGCAGCCAGUUGUGGUUUACAGGUUGUAAGUACCAGGGUUGGUGGAAUUCCUGAAGUACUUCCAGAAAGUCUUAUUAUUUUAUGUGAGCCUUCUGUAAAAUCUUUGUGUGAGGGAUUGGAAAAAGCUAUUUUCCAAGUGAAGUCAGGAGCAUUGCCGGCUCCAGAAAAUAUCCAUAACAUAGUGAAGACUUUCUACACCUGGAGGAAUGUUGCGGAGAGAACUGAAAAGGUGUACGACCUCGUGGUGGGAGAAGCCGUGUUACCGAUGGACAGACGACUGUAUAGAUUCAUCUCUCACUGUGGCCCAGUAACAGGUCACGUAUUUGCUUUGUUGGCUGUAUUCAACUUUUUCUUCCUUAUUUUCCUGAGAUGGAUUACUCCAGAUUCUAACAUCGAUGUUGCAGUGGAUGCCACAGGGCCCAGGAGUCCCUGGACUCAUCAAUAUCCUUACAGUAGAAAAAGGAACAAGAAGAAUGAGAUGUCUGAAACCAGGUAGAAGAAAGCCUGGAUUGUAAGGUUUUAAACAUUUGGAAUAGCUCUAUUAAUAAGACUAUUGAAAAUAACCUUGCUUUUUUCCUUGUUUUUUUUUUCAAAGUUAAUUUUGUACGUUAAUGCUACCUCUAUACCAUUCAAUUUAUUUUGAGGAAAGAUAAAAACUUAUGCAAUUCCUGAGUGUAGAAACUACUUGCACUUAUUUAAAACUUAUUUAGGAGAGAACAUUUAAGCCACUCAGGUACGAAAUUUUUCAGACUACUUAAAUCCCUCUAGCAGAGAUGUUUUAACAUUAUAUUUUGGGAGCUUUGGGUGCUGAAGGGCCAAAUGUUUUCUGGACAUUUUUUGGCCAAUUUUAAAUGUUCUUCCAUUAAUUAGACAUUCGCCAGAUGUUUACAGUUUUUCUUUAGGGAAGUACAACAACUACAUGAACUAUUUUAAAUCAUGUUCAUACACAUUUAUUAGACAUUUAAGUCACAUUCUUAAACAUUUAUUGGGUACACUCAGUAAGUGUUAUCUAGAAUCAGCAGGUUUCUUCAGUAAAAUGGUCUUUCCGUUACCAGCAUGUAUGCAGCACCUACUAUGUGCAGACCAUUGAACUAGCUGCUUCCUGCUAUUAAGGGCCUGGGCGCCAUUGCUCUCUGUUACUCAUGUGGCUCACUUCAUUGUAGUCACAGUUGACGUGAAAUGGUAAAAUAUCCAACAUGCCAAAAAUGCUCAUGCUUUUAAUGCCAGGAAAAAACUUGGCAUACUCCAAGUAUCCUCGGAUCCUGUCAUAGGCAUUCUCCUAGGUAGAGCCUUUGUCCUUUUGCGUUUUAAAUACUAGGGACCGAAAUCACUGUUGGUGAUAGUGCAGAGAAACCCUUCACUUCUUUCCAUGCAUCAUUUUGUCCUCUGUAAAUGCCUUCGUGUUUUCUGAGCAGAACGUACGAGGCGUGCCAUCUCAGAGUCAGCUGCUACCCCGUACCUUUGAUAGAAGUCACUCCCCUUCACUUGUGGCCUAGCUGAUGUCUGAUAAGUAUUACCAGUGUGCAGAUGUCUUUACCCCAGAAUGUUUUAUUCAUAGCAAGUUGAGUCUGGAAAUUUUAGGAACACAGUCUCUUUGUGGAUGGAUUUUAUUAACUGUAAUCUUUGUUGCCUGGAGCCAUGGGUUUUUAAACCCCAAAUUAUCCACAUGGUGUGUCUUAUUCCUUGAACUCCUUAGAAAUAUGCUUUUAUGAUAAAGGACUGUGACAUCAAAAUAGUGGGGCACUGUGAGUGCACUCCAUUGAUUCUGGCAGUAUUCUGAUUAUGUGUAGGAAUAUUUUUUAAUGACAAUAUUUACAAAACUUCUCUUAUAUGUUAACAUGCCUAUUAACUGUUUGCCACUGACAGAUGAGAAAUGUAUUUUGUUUUAUACUAAAACACAAAUGCAGGUGUGCAGUGUUUAAAAUUCCAGAAGUUAGGGGUUCUUUUAUUAAAGAAAAAUGAAUUGACCCAAACCAUUGAGUCUUAUUGGGAUUUUUAUGCAUAGAAACUGACUUAUAUAAAUAUGAAAUAGUGCCAAUAUUCAUGGUAAAGUGAGAAACUAAUAUUUGGUCUUACUCUCUUCAGCAAUUUAAAAACCAUUUAGCAAUAUGAAAAGGCAUACUACUGUUUUUUUCUUAAAUUUGUGUUUCUUAGCAUUUUUUCAGAAUUGUCAUUUAUUUCAGAUGGAAAUAGGAUUUGAAGUUCUUGCAUGUAAAAGAUGUAAUUUACAAAUUAAAAAAAUUUUUUUAAUGAAAGUAAAUUUGCUUGUUCUAGUAAAUCUUAAUUUUUAGGCUUCCUGGAUACCUUAACUGUAACAUAACUGUCAGUGUUGCACUGGUCAAUAUGUGGAAACAUAUUAUUCUACCCUGCUGCUUAAAUUUAUUUGGAAAUGACCUUGCAGAGAUGAAGAAUUUAUAAAAAAUAUAUUGUAUUUCUUUUAAUGUUACAAAAUAGCACAUUUACAACCGAUUUAUGAAAACAUGCUACAUAUCCAAAAAUAAAAACUAAAAUGACAUUUUGACAA